AUGACGUCGCUUCCACGAGCGAGUAUCAUCGUCUGUUACUUCAACGAAUCGCCCUCGGUGUUGAUACGUAUGGUUAACUCGAUUAUUGAUCGAACACCUCUGGAUUUGAUUCAGGAGAUCCUAUUAAUCGAUGAUGGCACCGAAGCGUCCCUUCAAGCUGCUGACUAUCAGAGGAAACAUCCUCAGUGGGGUAUGGUGAAAUUCCUUCAGACGCCAUCCAAUCAAGGCCUUAUUCGGGCGAAAGUCUUCGGUGCUCGGAAGGCUCGAGGAGAAGUGUUGGUGAGACGCAAUCCUUUGGUUUUUCUGCUUUUAUCGAAAUUGUCACUGAUACCGGAAUCGCCACCGAUUUAG